GGCUGUGACAUCACUAUUUGACAGCGUUUUGCCAAAUUGUUUAGUCAUUCCUAUCCGUAAAACAAAAGAAAAACAUAGCUUGGACUUACUUUUCACCGUUAAAAACAUAAUAAUCCGCAACUAAGCAAGAUGCCGGACUAUCUGGGAGACGACCAGCGCAAGGUGAAGCACGAUGAGAAGGAGGAUAAAGAGAUCAAAUCGCUGGAUGAGGGCGACAUUGAGCUGCUGAAGACGUAUGGCCAGAGCCAGUACCACAAGUCCAUAAAGGCCAUCGAGGAGGAUAUCCAAAAGGCUGUUAAGCAGGUCAACGAGCUGACCGGGAUAAAGGAGAGCGACACGGGACUGGCGCCGCCCGCGCUCUGGGAUCUCGCUGCGGACAAGCAGAUCCUGCAGAACGAGCAGCCGCUGCAGGUGGCCCGCUGCACCAAGAUAAUCAACGCGGACUCCGACGACCCCAAGUACAUAAUCAAUGUUAAGCAGUUCGCCAAGUUCGUGGUGGACCUGGCCGAUUCCGUGGCCCCCACCGAUAUCGAGGAGGGAAUGCGCGUUGGCGUCGAUCGCAACAAGUACCAGAUCCACAUCCCACUCCCUCCGAAGAUCGAUCCCACGGUGACCAUGAUGCAGGUCGAGGAUAAGCCGGAUGUUACCUACAGCGACGUGGGCGGUUGCAAGGAGCAGAUCGAGAAGCUGCGUGAGGUGGUAGAGACGCCGCUCCUGCACCCGGAGAAGUUCGUCAACCUGGGUAUUGAGCCACCCAAGGGAGUGCUGCUGUUCGGUCCCCCUGGCACUGGCAAGACCCUGUGCGCUCGUGCCGUGGCCAAUCGUACGGACGCCUGCUUUAUCCGUGUCAUCGGCUCCGAGCUGGUGCAGAAGUACGUGGGCGAAGGAGCUCGCAUGGUGCGUGAGCUGUUCGAGAUGGCCCGCUCCAAGAAGGCCUGCCUUAUCUUCUUCGACGAAAUCGACGCUAUUGGUGGCGCGCGUUUCGAUGAUGGCGCCGGUGGCGAUAACGAGGUGCAGCGCACCAUGUUGGAGCUGAUCAACCAGCUAGAUGGCUUCGAUCCGCGUGGCAACAUCAAGGUGCUCAUGGCCACCAACAGACCCGAUACUUUGGACCCGGCGCUGAUGCGUCCUGGUCGUCUGGACCGUAAGGUGGAAUUUGGUCUGCCCGAUCAGGAUGGCCGCUCGCACAUCUUCAAGAUCCACGCCCGCUCCAUGUCCGUGGAGCGUGAUAUUCGUUUCGAUUUGCUUGCUCGUCUCUGUCCCAAUUCCACUGGUGCUGAGAUCCGGUCGGUGUGCACGGAAGCCGGCAUGUUUGCCAUCCGGGCACGCCGCAAGGUGGCCACCGAGAAGGACUUCCUCGAGGCCGUCAACAAGGUUAUCAAGAGCUACGCCAAGUUUAGCGCCACCCCCCGCUAUAUGACCUACAAUUAAGUUAAUAUUUACCGGCACUGAUUUGUAUCCUCUGAGAGAGAAACUGUAAAAGAUCCUGCAGCUGGCAUUUCAUUGAAUAAAACUAUAGAACUAUA